GGAUCCCUUCCACUCCUCGGGAUCUCUCUCCCCACCGAGACCGGGCCCCGCAGGGAACAACAACAGACCCCAAACCCAACAACAUCAGCUAAAACACACACAUCAGUCCCAAAGAACAAACAAAGACGUGGAAACAUGGAAACAAUCCACAUUUAAAAUUCAUCAUUUAAGUUAUAGAAGAAACCUAUCAUUGACAGAAAUAAGGAUAAAUAUUCCAUCUGGGAGGAAAGCUUUUUCAUGGAAGUCUUGUUAAAACCUAGAGUCUUUAGGCUACAGAAGCAGUAUCCAUGCCCUGACUGUGGGAAGAAUUUCAAGCGCAAUUCACACCUCGUUCGUCAUAAGAGAUUGCACACUGGAGAGAAACCCUACAAAUGUCCUGAGUGUGGGAAAAACUUCCGACAAAGCACUGAUGUCACCACACAUCGGAGAAUCCACACAGGGGAAACACCCUAUCGCUGCAACGAUUGUGGGAAAAGCUUCCGCUACAGGACUGGCCUCGUGAAGCAUCAGAAAUGCCAUGAGGAAGAGAAAACCUAUAAUUGCCGGGAAUGUGGCAAAAGCUUCAGCAGUGAUUUGGUUUCAAACACUUGCCAUGUCAAUGGAGAGUCCUAUAAAUGUGCUGACUGUGAUAAAAACACGAAGAGCUCAGAUCUUCUUGUACAUGUAGCUAUCUCUGCGACAGAAGAACCAUAUGAAUGCUCUGACUGCGGCAAAAGCUUCAGCAGCAGCUUUCAGCUUAUUAGACACAGAAGCCUGCAAAACAGAUUUCUUCUUCCUAAUGCUAAUGCUCUCUUCAGCCUGGACUCAGGAGAGGAGCCUUUGCAGUCAGAUCACCAGAGUGCAGAAGAAAAAGAGAACCCAGGAAACGUUUGUGAAGUUUGUGAUUGCAUCCUGGCAACAGAACAUGAAGAGGAGGAGAACUCGUGUCCUGCAAGAUUGCACCGGACAUUAUUGGGAAGACUCCAUUGCCUUGAUUCACGAAGGCUCAGUUUUGAAAAGUCUUGGAAACAGUCAGGAAUGACUGAAAGUGAAUCCUCUGAAAAUAAGGAAACUGAUCCAGUCUUCUACCUCUCGGAGGAAAAUUACGUGUGCUGCAUUUGUGGGAAUAGUUUUCAGUGUGAUUCUGAGCUCACCACACAUGAACAGAUCCAUACGGGAGGGGAGCCUUUCCAGUGCAGCAUCUGUCAGAAAAAUUUCCACGACAGGCCAGAAGUGAGUGAACACCAGGAAGGUCACUCUGAAGAGAAACCCUUUAAAUGCCUUGACUGUGGUAAAAGUUUCCGCCAUCAGUUGGCCUUCAUUAGACAUCAGCGGCUUCAUCCCAGGGUGCUCACUUGCAAGCCGGGUCAUAUGUAUUUUGCAGUCCUGCCACCACACCACUCAGAAGUGAACAUUGAGGUCAUAACUGAGACACCUGAAACUCUUGGCUACAAUUGUAAGCAAAAAGAUCCCAAUUCUUUUUGGACCAUGGAACUGGUACAAGGGACACAAAUAUAUUGGGCUCCCCCAUAGGAGCCCAGGGUAUCUUGCAGCAUGACAUUUCAGAUGUGUUGGAUUUUCUUCCUCCUUGGGUGCAGGCUGACUGAAGGACCACAUUCUCCCAGAUGAGGCUACAUAGAUUUUGAGUACUUUGGGGAAAGCCCUGCUCUUCAUUCUGCUGUCUUCAGAGACGUGUUUGGUGGAGGAUAAGGGAGGGCAUUCUCAGUAUCUGGACCCAGGUUCUAGAACUCUCUUAUAAAGGAAAUCUUAUUCUUCAUGUUUUCUGGCACCUCAAUAUUUCCCAGCUUAAUAUGAAUAUGUCUCAGCUUAGGUGUUCCUUCAACUCACAUACCUUUUGCAUGGUAAAGAAAUCAGAUGGAUUUGUGUAUCCAUGGGGAAGAAUCCAUUUGCUCCUCACAAAAUUACCAAUGGAAUGAAGGCAACUUGGCACAAACAUCAGAUAUUUGCAAGGCUUGGGAUACCUUUUGGAAGAAAAAAUUGACAAAAAAUGACGUGGACAUUUUUAAAAGGUGUACACCUCUUUCCCCCUUUCUGCGUUGUUGACGUUCCAACUUCAUCAUGGGAAUCAUUCCCCCAACUCCUUUGAGACCUCAGCUUUAUUUCCAACCUCAGAGGGGGAUUUCUGCUCCUUCCCCUGGCUGUUAGGAUCUUGUCUCUAGAUUCACAGAAUUACUGUCAAAGGCAAUCUAUGCACAGCCAAAAAUGCACGUAAACCCAUUUGAUUAAUAGUGUAAUCCUACACAUCAGAAGUGAUGGCCCUUCAGAUAUUAUUGGUCUGAGAGCAGAAAUAAUGGGAGCUGGAGUCCAAAAUCUUCUGCAGGGGCACAAAUUAUGUAAUUCUCUUAUAUGUAACUACCCUAUAGUCUGCUUGGACUUACUCGAGGUGAGUGUGUAGAGGAUUGGAACUUUAGAGGAUUAAUGUUAUUAAAGUGCAUAGAUUUAAUUUAGAAGAAUUUUAAUACUAUUAUAGUUAGAGAAAGAAGAGCAAUGGACAGCACACACUAAAAGAUGAAGCACCUUUACUAUGUUCUGGAAUAAUGUUAAACCAUAAAACUGAUAUACAAGGAAGACAUCUUGUAUUUUUAAUUUGAACCUGAGUAGGGAAGUAAAUUCUUUUAAAUAAGAUUUUUUUUGGCAACCAUGUGUCUGUUUGUAGAAUUUAGUGCUGAUGCUUUGUCCUGUAUUUUGCCGUCUCAGUCAUUUGUAGGUGUUCUUGUGCUCCUACAGGUGACAAAGGUGUGUGGGUUUUGGAAGAAAAAAAGUUCAGUGCUUUCAGGAAAAAAGGAGAAGAAGAAAAGUUCAGUGCUUUCAAGAAAAAAAAGAGUGCUAUUGAAGAGAUACCAAGAAAUCAUGUUCCAAUAUCUGCAACAGAAAAAAAAAAUGCAAGAGAGGCCAUACAGGCAAUGGAGCUCUUCAAACUUCAUAUUGUUUUGCAGAAGGGAGUCUGUCUUCAGCACUUUCCAGAGAUUUCUUUGAUACUUGUGUCCUAGCUUAGAAACCAUAUGAUCAAGGAAAAACACACUAGCUCCACAUGGUUGAGAAUGUUUCAAGCAAUGUUCUCACUUCAUUGCACAUCACAGAUUCCACAUUCGUGAGAAGGAGCCAACGCACAGAUAAUAUGGACAUCUUUAUACCAAACAGAGGAAUCCCUAGAAGGGCAGACCCAACCAUUUCACCACCUCCCUCAGGAUAAGCUGUGAAGGAUCAUCAGUUCUGAUGAGAUUCUCCAGGUUACUUUUACCAUUGAGUUACUUUCUUCCAGUGUGCAAGCCCUAGCUUAUAUCAGAGAAGCCAUGCUAGCGGGGGAAUCUGGAGAUAGGGAAAAAAUGUGUUAUUACUUUAUAUUGCUGAAUCAUGUAUUAAUUUUUUUGUAAUCUGUCUUUAACCUCACAUCAUUGGACUGCACUACAAAUGAGGACAUCAAAUUUUGUUUUAAAAAUUAAUAAUAUUUUCCCUCCCAAGAAUUUUAAGUCAGUUUUCAAAAGUAUCCAAAGUGAUCUCAUUGUAUGCCAAAUUUGAUUUUGAAUAUAGUCUUAUUGGUGCUACAUUUAGUUCUGAUUUAGACCCCUCCCCAACUAUUCUUAUGGCAAAAAAAAUCUCCUAAUAGGCUAGAGUAGAAAUGAUUAAAAUAUGUAGAGUACAACAAACGUGUUUAGGUACUGUUGUGCAAAAAUAAUUGAAAUUGUCCAUAUAAUUCUGUUACUCCUCCAUUUGCAGCAUUUACUCCAAAAUAUGUACCCCAAAGACCAUUUGUGAUGCAUGGACUCUCCAAAGCAUUUUUAAAAUUGAGAAAAAUGAUAGAUAGAUAGAUAGAUAGAUGAUAGAUAGAUAGAUAGAUAGAUAGAUAGAUAGUCUCCCUGGUAGCUACCACAGGGUACUGCUCUCAUAGAAUCAGAGUAGGAAGAGACCACAGGGGCCAUCCAGUCUAACCCCCUGCCAUGCAGGAAUAAACAGUACACAAGCUUUGAACUGAAACAAAUCCCCAAUGGCACAUUGAUUUACAUGUGGCCUGCAAGACUCCUGUGAAAAGGAAGGGGCAGAAGUAGCUGUUAGACCCUCUGUGACUAUCCCUCUCCUCUCAUAUACAGAAGGACUAUAGUUUACUAGUAGAAUCAUAGAAUCGUAGAGUUGGAAGAAACCUCAAGGGCCAUCUAGUUCAACCCCCUGCUGUGCAUGAAGACACAAUCAUAGUAUGCCCCAACAGAUGGCCAUCCAGCCUCUGUUUAAAGACCUCCAAAGAAGGAGACUCCACCACACUCCAAGGGAGUGUGUUCCACUAUCAAACAGCUUUUACUGUUAGGAAGUUCCUCCUAAUGUU